GUCAUAAAAAUGUCAUUUUGUAAAACUCACGAUAAAUGGCAUGAAAAGAUCAAGAAUUGUCGAAUCAAUUUAACUCUUCAAAUGAAAUUUUCAAUAUACACGAUUUAUAAGUCCAAUUAUUAUGAUUAGACAAUAUUUCAAUAAAAUUACAAAACAGAAUUCAAGAGAGUGAAAUCAGAAAAAUCAAAGGAAAAAGUUGAAACAAAUUGCAGAAUACGAAUUAUUAUUUAUUAUUGCAUUGCCCACUAUCAACCACAGAACACUAAUAAAGAUUACCUUCAGAAACCAAAGAAUUUCCGUUUUGAUUUAUAACCUAACCUCGAAGCCACAGAAAUAAAUUCACUCUGAGAUUAUGACGUUAUAUUGAUAUUUCCUUGCUCAAGAUAGUUGCUGUGCUACUGCAUCUUAGGGUCUUUUUACCCUAGGAGUCGUUGGAUGGGGCUUGUCUCGCCCCGGAUUUCUUGCACUGGCUCCUACUUCAACCACCACCAUUACCCCGUUAAAUUCAGAAGUUUUCAUUGCUGGCAUCAGGGAAAUCGGAAGACAAUGAAGAAAUCUGGAGCAUCAAGUUCCAAAAAAGUUGGAUCAACAUCAGGGGUCUUGGAUAUGACCGCAACGGAGAACACCAUCCGAUUCAGUGUCCAUACACUGGACAAGGCCACCAAAGCAAAGGUGACCUUGGAGAAUUAUUACACUAAUCUUAUUGCCCAGCAUUUGGAGCGAAAACAGAGAUUGGCGAAGCUAGAAGAAACCCUCAAAGAUGAGAACCUAUCCGAGGAUCAGAGGCGGGAGAAGCGCACUGCCCACGCCAUAAAAGAAACCGAAUUCUUGAGGCUGAAGAGGAGUAGGCUGGGCGUGGAGGACUUCGAGCCCCUCAAGGUCAUCGGCAGAGGCGCCUUCGGAGAAGUGCGCCUGGUCCAGAAGAAGGAUACGGGACACGUAUACGCUAUGAAGAUCCUGCGUAAGGCCGAUAUGUUGGAAAAGGAGCAGGUGGCGCAUGUCAGAGCCGAAAGAGAUGUUCUAGUCGAGGCUGAUCACCAAUGGGUGGUAAAAAUGUAUUAUAGUUUUCAAGAUCCUAUCAAUCUAUACCUGAUCAUGGAAUUUCUCCCUGGGGGAGACAUGAUGACCCUCUUGAUGAAAAAGGAUACCCUCAGCGAGGAAUGUACACAGUUCUACAUAACAGAGACCGCCUUGGCCAUCGAUUCUAUACACAAGCUCGGUUUUAUCCACAGAGAUAUAAAGCCAGAUAAUCUGCUCUUAGAUGCUAAGGGCCAUCUUAAGCUAUCAGAUUUCGGUCUGUGCACUGGAUUGAAGAAGAGCCACCGAACAGAUUUCUAUAGGGACCUGAGCCAAGCCAAGCCAUCGGAUUUUAGUAAGUUCAUUAUCUCAUCGAGUCCAAUGGAUAGCAAGAGGCGAGCUGAAAGUUGGAAGAAAAACCGUCGGGCACUGGCUUAUAGUACUGUUGGAACUCCCGAUUACAUUGCACCAGAAGUGUUCUUACAGACGGGUUACGGUCCGGCCUGCGAUUGGUGGUCGUUGGGUGUCAUAAUGUACGAAAUGUUGAUCGGGUAUCCACCUUUCUGCUCGGAAAAUCCACAGGAUACUUAUCGGAAGGUGAUGAACUGGAGAGACACUCUAGUUUUUCCUGCUGAAGUGCCCAUCUCUGAAGAGGCCAAAGAAACUAUUGUCAAAUUCUGUUGUGAAUCAGACAGAAGAUUAGGAUCUCAAAAAGGAAUGGAUGAUUUGAAGAUAAUUCCAUUCUUCCGUGGUGUAGACUGGGAACAUAUUAGGGAGAGACCUGCUGCUAUACCUGUCGAAGUUCGAUCCAUAGAUGACACUAGCAAUUUCGACGAUUUUCCAGAUGUCAAACUAGAAAUUCCUUCAGCACCUAUGCCUUCAGAAAAUGACAACUAUAAAGACUGGGUUUUCAUCAACUACACAUUCAAAAGGUUUGAGGGUUUAACGCAGCGAGGCACACCUAAGAAGUAAACUUCUUUGUGCAGUUGGAUGCAGUUUGUUCCUUGAGAGUCACUUGGACUCUUCUGAUUAAUCCCUUGUCUUCAGAAAAAGAAAGAUUAGUCAUGUGCUCUGAAAACAAGUGGGAUCAGUUAUAUUUAUGUGAAUAGGUCCGAGACAUUUUUGCACCUUUUGCUUAGGAGCUGUGAAGCGCUGCGUUGGGCUUCGUUUGACAUAAAAUGUAAUGGAGAAUUUGAGUUUUGUGAAAGAAGUAGAGGCUCACUCAUUUUUAUUCUCAUAUAUAUUUUUGAUAAGACCUCAUUUCGAAUGGAUUUUCUGUAGAAAUAUUUUAUUUUACAAAUUCCAUAAAUAAAGUCUUUGACUGCUCUUCGGGAGUAUAAAAAGACAAAUAUUUCAAUAUUGAGUUUCUAUCAAAUUGAAGAAACCAAUAAAAUUUAAAUUUUCUUGCUUAUAAGUGUCAUAAUGUGCUUAUCAAAAAAGUGAAAGUGAAUAUUUUAUCUUCGUUCUAUAGAAUAAUAUUGCUCCCGUCAUUAGUUGCGGUGUAUAGCAUCUUUUUCGGAAUAAACUAUUGAAUAUUACUAAUUUUUAUCUAUUUGGUAUCAGAUUUGUAGAAAUCAUUAAAUGUUUUUGCAUGGACUUGUGGAUCAUGUCGAACGUAGCACAACAAUUUGUGUAUAUGUUAAUUUUUUUGUUUUUGUUACAAAGUGAUACUAUAUUUCUAUUGUUUUUAACUUAUAAAUUGUGUAAAAUGAUGAAGAUGAUGUGUCUUGAUUUUUUAUCGAGAAGUAUUUUUUGUAAUAGUUACAAGUGGAUUGCUGUCUCCUGCCCUCUUUCUGUCAGUGAGAUUAACAGGUGGAAAUGAUUUGAAACCGUGACAUUCAUUCAGUUGGCGUGACUGAACAAAUAUUUUCCUUGAUUGAAAUUUUACCUGUUCAGACUGGACCAAAUUUCAAAUUACACAUUAAUAUACAUUUAUGUUGUAGGGGUCAACAAAUUUUUUAUAGUUCAAAGUUAUCAAAUUGCUUAUUAUUUUAUCUUAUGGUUAGAAUUCGAAUUGAAUUAACUUUCUCAGAAUUAAUAUUUGUUUCUUUUUUUUUUUAACAAUGAACUAUGUAUUGUCCAUAUUUUUCAUUCAAUAGUUUUUUCCCUAUAAUACAAGUGUUUCAACCCUUAUUUCUUGUCUUGCUGCAACUUAUUAUUAGAUGCAAUGACCCUUCAAUCCUUAUAUGCUUGGUUUAUCCACAGAAAUUUAGUUCAGUCUGUAUACCUCAUUUUAAAGUAAACAUUAUUGUCAUGAUAUUGUAGUUUGUAGAACGAGUUGACUCUUCACUUGUUGAAUGCUCUAGUUAAGAAGUAUUUGAAAACCUUGAACUUUAGUCAACGUAAUAUUUAUGAAAAAUUUUUCAUCAAAUGAAUUUUAAUUAAGGAAAUUUUAAUGAAAUAUCCUCAUUGGAAAUUAAAAAUGAGUUGGUUUGAUUUUGUGGUAUGCAAUUAGCUGUAAAUUUAGAAAUUUUCUUUGUAGAACUGUCGUUAUAGUUUUUUCUAAGUUUUGUUUUGUAGUCGAGGGACAAUAUUCAUAGCAUGAAUAAUUUGGUUUUUAUGAAGUUCUAAAAUUUAACCGAUCUUUGAAAGGGAUGAAUAUUAAUGUUCACUCACGAAAAUUAAUUAUAUCUUACAGCUAUAUCACCUGCUGCUUGAAUACACUCGGGAAUUAUUUUUAAAAUAUUGUUCUUCUUGUUUUUCAAACGAAUUCUGGCUCUCUAUAAACAUUUUCAGGUUAGUUUUAGUGGAACUAUUUAGAAAUCUUUUUAUCACGUCAUUCUGUACCUUCUGUAGUUGGUCUCGCUAACAGGACUUGUAUAUUGUAAAUACAUUAUUUACUUCUGAAAAAUGUGAAUAAUUAAAGAAAAUUUAUUAAAAUCAUGUGCUUUAA